AUGGAGGGUGAUAAACAAAAAACCGAAAGAAAAAGGAAGAGAACAGAAGAUCAAGUUGUUCUAGAACAUCCUACAAAACACCAACAUGUAAGUCCUCAUUCUCUACACAAUGUCGACGGCGAAAAUAGUUCUAACCUCGAUCUUUCACUCUCACUUACUUCAUGCAACAAUAUUAUUCCUAAGUCUAAUCAAUCCGGACUCGUUAUUCCGGACCUUAUAAUUUCGGAGGAGUCUAGUGAUCAACCCAACCUUAUUAUUCGGGAGCAGUCUAUUGAGCCAAUUAUUAUAGAGAGUGUUGAACCUUCUCUUCCUCCCCCUGGAAGACCGCAACGUGCUCGUCGUAACCCUCAACAACCCCGACCAGAAAAACAAAAAAGGGUUAUCAAGAGUAAGAUAAUUGAACCCCCGUACCCUUGGGCAAGAGACCGUCGUGGCACAGUUCAUACACUACGAUAUUUGAUAGAAAAUAACAUCACAAAAAUCUCUGGCCAAGUGCAAUGCAAAAAAUGCAACACUAUUUAUGAAAUGGACUAUGAUCUUGAGGAUAAGUUCCGAGAGGUUGCCGCUAUUGUAAUAGAUCAACAAGACGAAUGGCACGACCGUGCACUUGACCAAUGGACUAAGCAUUGGAAAAAUUAUCUGACGUGCAGAUUUUGUGGGACAAAAGAAAGUUGCAAGCCUGUAUUAUCCGAGAAAAAGAGAUCUAUAAAUUGGUUGUUUUUGUUCUUGGGACAAACUAUAGGGUGUUGUUCUUUGGAGCAACUUAAGUAUUUUUGUAAGCAUAUUGGUAUUCAUCGAACCGGGGCGAAAAAUCGGGUACUGUGUUAUGCAUAUGUAGCAUUGUGCCAACAACUUGAUCCGAAUGGCCCGUACUAUGUUAAAAAUAUUUAA